ACAACAACAAUAGUUAACGCAACGUUUCUAAACAUUUCUUUACGAACUAAAAAAAAACUAACUUAAAACAAAAAAAAAAAACACCAAAUCCAACAAAUUGUUAACCAAAAGUGGCCUGCAAAACGUAGCAACAAACCAGAAAUGUGAUUCAAAGUGCGCAAUGUAACAAAAAACGUAAACAAUUUUGUUUUGGAUAAGCAAAAUAAUAAUAUUAUUCAAUAAUAAUAAUAAUAAAAAAGCAAACGCCAAAUGGAACUCGCGUCGAGUAGCGUAUUAGCAGCCAUUGUCAAUGAUUAAAACGGCGUUAGAUUGAUAGCUUGCAACCGCCGGAGUCGCCGUCUUCUUAGUUAGCGUUAGACGUAGACACACACACAUACACACAGACACACACGCACACCACCUACACCAAGCUCUUCGAUGCCCGCACAGCAGCAGCAGCAGCAGCAACAGUCACAUCAACAGUUUUUAGGACAUUAGCCAAAGCACACACAGUUCCAGAGGACCCAGAGACGGCUCCAGAGGAAGAGAGAGAGUUAGACAGAGAGAAAGCGAGGGAUAGAGAGAGAGAGACAGAUAGCCACCAUGGACAUCAAGAUUGAGCAGCAGCAGCAGCAGCAACAGCAGCAGCAGCAACAACAAACGGAGCUGGGACCCGUUUCGCCCUCGGAGGUGCCCAAUGAUCCUGGCAAAAUGUUCAUUGGCGGCCUCAGCUGGCAGACCAGUCCAGAGAGCUUACGCGAUUAUUUUGGCCGCUACGGCGACAUCUCUGAGGCUAUGGUCAUGAAGGAUCCCACAACCCGCAGAUCCAGGGGCUUUGGCUUUGUCACAUUCAGCGAUCCAAAUAGCGUAGAUAAGGUACUCACCCAAGGCACACACGAGCUGGAUGGCAAAAAGGUGGACCCGAAAGUAGCUUUUCCGCGACGUGCACAUCCCAAGAUGGUGACGAGAACGAAGAAAAUCUUUGUGGGCGGCCUCUCGGCGCCCACCACGCUGGAGGAUGUCAAAAGCUACUUUGAACAGUUUGGUCCGAUCGAGGACGCAAUGCUGAUGUUUGACAAGCAGACCAAUCGGCACAGAGGUUUUGGCUUCGUUACAUUUCAAAGCGAAGAUGUGGUAGACAAAGUUUGUGAAAUUCAUUUCCAUGAGAUAAACAACAAAAUGGUCGAGUGCAAGAAGGCGCAGCCCAAGGAGGUAAUGCUGCCGGCCAAUCUGGCCAAGACCCGCGCGGCCGGUCGCUCCGCUUACGGUGAGUUGGUAGUCUGGGGCAGCCACGCAAAUCAGGCGGCCGCGGCCGCGGCGGCGGCAACAACUGCCACGCCCGCCGCCGCUGGCCUCUUGCCAAGUAGUUUAGCCGCUGCCGCCACAGCGCUGCAUCAGCAACAGCAACAACAACAACAACAGCAACAACACCCUCAACACCCACAGCACACACAUCACCAUCAUCAUCAUCAGCUGCUGGGCGCAGCCGCAGCGGCCGCCUCGCUGCGCUACACGCCCUAUCCGCUGCCCAGCCACAUCUCGGCCGCUGCAGUGGCCGCAGCCGCCGCUGCUGCCAAUCAGCAGCAGCAGCAACAACAGCAGCAGCAAGCAGUUGCUGUUGCCGCCCACCAACAGCAUCAGCAACAGCAACAGCAGCAGCAGCAACAACAGCAAAGUCUGGCCCAUGCUGUGGCCGCUGCAGCUGGCGCACCUUCGCUUCUGCCCCUCGCCAAUUCGGCGCCCGGUGGCGCCCCCUCACUGCUGCAGUAUGCGGCCGCCGCCAAUGCCACCCAGAACAAUGUGGCGUUGGCAAAUUCGCUUUAUGCGGACGCUGCCGCUGUUAUGGGCUAUAAGCGGCUUCUGGCCGCUGCCGCUGUGAGCAGCGGCCUUCGAGCCACGCCCACGGCUGCCACUUUGGGCGCCUUGACGGCCGCUGCGUCAGCGCCAGCAGCAGCAGCUGCCGCUGCGGCUGCCCAGCAGGCGCAGCUACGUCAAAAUGCCGCACUGGCCGCCGCCCAUUAUCCGCUCAGCGAGCUGCUGGCGAUGCCCGCGGGCCUGGAGAUGCCCGGCGCAGCCUCGGCUGCGGCAGCGGCCGCUUCUCUAUAUCAGCUGCCAGGCAUCUGA